UCGUCCUGUACAGACUUGUCAGUGCGAGUCGCGCGAGUGGCAACAAGAUGGCCGCCACAAGUGCAUACACCACUCCUGUUAAUACCGUCGAUAGGAAAAAUAUUAUCGUGCUACUUAGAAAUAAUGUGCUCAAUACAUCUGUGGAAUUUAUACCCGAUUCUGAUUUGAUGGACUCUGAUUCACCAAUCAGAAAACCUACAAGUUUACAACCAGUAAUAAAGAAACUGUUCCAUUCUCCUGCGCAGGAGUACAGCCCGAAGAGAUUUGUAUCCAGAGAUGAAGUGGACAGGAGCAAGAGAGUUAGAAAGAGAAAGCUGAUACCGGACUCGGAUGAGAAGAUAAAAAGAGUGUAUGUGAAGGAGUACGAGGGAGACGGCUAUAGUCCGGAAGUGCAGGAGGGAAUGAGAAAGAGAGUAUUGAUUAGUCUAUUCCAUAACAAAGAGUAUUCGAUGGAUUGUGGAGACUAA